UAACAUUCUUUUUUAAAGAAGACGUGUCUUACGAAAAAUUAUAAUAUUCCGAACUUUUUGAAUAUUACUGCAUUUCAUAUAAAUGUUAAAAAUUUAAGAUACAUUUAGGGUUGAAAAAUAAUGAAGGUGUUAUUAUAUUUUAUUACUGGAUUUUAUUCUUUAAAUAUCAUAAAACUACACCAUAUACAAAAAGGUUGUAAACAAAUAAUUUAAUUUUAAGUCUCUUGAAAAAUGUGUUAACUGUGACGUUUGAAAAAACGUUUGAUUAAGAGUUAACGUUUUUCAUGAAACUGUGACAAAAUGGAAUUCUCUAUUUGACGAAUGUAUAGAGGCGAAGAAUAAUUUAAAAAGAUGCCACAUCCGUGUGUCGUAUGCGGUCGUUCGCGUAUGAAUCCAAACAAUAAAGAAGAAGAAUAUAUGUUUUUUGGAUUUCCCGUCAACGAUGAAGCUCGAUGCAGAAAGUGGUUGGAAUUUUGCUGUCGCGAAGAUUUAUAUAAACUUACAAAGAAACAAUUACUUCAACGAAUGGUAUGUUCUAAGCACUUUGAACAGAAGGAUUUUUUAAAUGAGUAUCUUGACAGAUUAAAUUGUACGGCAGUACCCUCAAUUUAUGAUCCUAAACAAAGUUUGUACAACAUAACCUGCGUAUUAUGUGGCCGAUCUCGUCGAGAUCCAUCAGAUUUAGAUUAUGACGGCGUAACAUUUCAUCAUUUCCCUGGCGAAGAAUUUCGAUGUUUAAAAUGGCUUGAUUUUGUUGGUGUAGAUUCAUAUUAUAGAUUGACUAGAAAAGAAAUUUUAUUUUGUUACAUUUGUUCAAAACAUUUUGAUCGUUCUCAAUUUAUGCCUGGUUAUAAGAGCAGAUUGAUAGACAAUGCUGUUCCCAAUAUCAGAAACCCUGAUCAGGUGGAUGGAUCUGAACAAUAUAUUAUGGAAUUUGUGUUUGAAUCAAAAUAUAGUUCCUCAGACAAAUCUAAGAAAUUAGAGCCUUUACCACCUGCUGUCUUAGAAAGUCAAGCAUGUGCUGCUUGUGGUAGAUCAAGAUCUGAUCCAAGAAAUAAAAUAGAAAGAUACAAGUUCCAUCCUUUUCCUGCUUAUGAAAUUGGCAGGUGCUUAAGAUGGUGUCAAUUUUUGGGUAGAGAGGAUUUAUUAAAAAUGUCACCAAAUCAAAUAAGAAAGUUGGUACUUUGUUCAAAACACUUUCAAACAGGACAAAGUUUUCAUAAAGUCGGACCAUGUGAUGCAGUUCCAACUAUAAAGGAUAUAUCACAAUUAGACUGUGACAAUUCAACAGAAAAGAUAGAAGAUGACCAAGAUACAUUAGAAGAAGCUAAUUGUAAUAAUACAACUAAAGGAAUUAAAAGGCAAGGUUUUUCAAGACCUUUAGUAUCUAGUAAAAAACCAAAGGUAGAUAAUAAGCCCACACCUCUUGCAAAGAAACGUGGGAAAUCUAAAAGGCCAACUCUUAUUAACAUUCCAAGGCCUGAUCCUGAUAAUAUUGAAAAUCGUGUGAUAAGAAAAUUACCACUUCCUCCUACCUCUAAUUGGAAAAUUCAAUUCACAGAUCAAUUUCAACCCAUAACAAUAGCAAAUCAUAUUACAUCAAAUAUUUCAAAUAAUAUGCAAGGUAACAUAAAGAAAGUAAUCCUACCAUUUACUGGUGAUAUAUCAAACUUAGGUGCUCCUAUUCCAGUGCAUAGUUUAUCCAGUAUUCCCCCUGGUUUAUUAAUUAAAAUAGAUCUUCCUGAACAGGAGCAACAAAAGAUGAAAGCAAUGAAAAAGCAAACUAGACCAAAAAUAACACAUACUCCUAUUGCUUCUAAUGAAAUUGAUACAAGACAGCAAGUGUGGGUGAAAAAUGGUGAAGCUUCAGUCACAUUGCCAGUUAUAAAACAAAGCAAACAAGAGACAGAUAAAAAUUUAGUUGAAUUUCUGUCAACCUCUCUAGAGGAAACAGAAGGUAAAGUAGUAACUGAAGAAUUAGAAGUACACGAGGAAGUUGUACUACCACAUACAUUGGAAGUGUUAGAUGACGAAGCAUCUAAUGUGAAAGAAGAGCAAUUUUAUGAAGAUUUUGAAGAAGUAGAAUGCUUAUCGUCAAAAGAGCAAAAGCCUGUCAGACGUAGAAAAGGUUCAGGAACAAUGAGAAGAACAAUUUUUCCUAUUAGAAGUGAAGUCAAAUAUUUUCUGCGCAAAUUGGCACCUCAUAUGCAUAGAUUACCUAGGAGAGCUAGAGCACAGAUGAAACUUGCAAUUGUUAAUAUGGUGAUUGAUCACUUGUAA